GAGUUUAUCUGAGUGGGCUAACCAAACAUCUCUGAGAGCAUACAGAAAGGAAGACUGAAGUAUAUACAAACUUCACAGACCUGGAACUGAGAAUUCUAGCAUGGGAAUCAAAGGUUUGAUACAACAAAACCCACCUGCAUCUGGUUCAGUAUGCGUCGAAAAACGAAACCACUGCUUCAUUUUUCCACCCAAUAAUGUAAACAUGGUAGCAUACUCUGUAGAAAGAAGAAACAACCACUGGUUUGUGAAGACCAAAGCUUCUUCUGAUUUGACUAUACAAAUUGAAAAUAAAAGCUUUCACCUGCACAAGAUUCCUAUGGCUUUAAAAAGUGGAUAUAUUAACAGAUUAGCAUUUCGAAGCAACGGAUCAUCACCAGACAGCGAUCCCAGCAGCAUUCAGAUGGACAGUAUUCCAGGUGGGGCUAAAAUCUUUGAGCAAGUAGUGAGAUUCUGCUAUGGACUGAAGAUCAAUGCUACUCCAACGAACAUUGCCCCUCUCUACUGUGCUGCACAUUUCCUGGAAAUGAACGAUGAUCUCGAGCCCGGGAAUCUGAUCUCGAAAGCAGAAGCAUUUCUCAGCUUCAUAGUCCUCUCAUCAUGGAAAGACACAUUUAGAGUGGUGAGGAGCUGUGAAUCGGUUUCCACGUGGGCGAAAGAACUGCAGAUUGUGAAGCAAUGCUCAGAAUCGAUUGCUUGGAAGGUCUGCUCGGGCACAAACGCGAGUAGUUUUGUAAGCAAUGAAGUGUUCUUGAAUGUGGUGGGAAAGACCAGCACAGAUGACAAAGACCUCCCUUCAAAUUGGUGGUUUGAGGAUGCCUCAACCCUCCGAAUAGACCAUUUUAUCGAGCUCGUCUCAUCAAUCAAGAAGAGGAGGAAGAUAAAGCCCGAGCUCGUUGGAUCAUGCAUAGCUCACUGGACCAAGAAAUGGCUCCCGAGAGUCCGAAUAGGGAAACAGAAAUCAAAUAAUGACAACAAUGAUGAUGAUGACGAUGACCUGACUAUUCGGCUACACAGAGUCACACUAGAAUGCUUAAUAAGGAUACUACCCAAUGAAGAUAAUUCUGUUUCCUGCAAUUUUCUUCUCCAACUUUUCAAGAUUGGGGUGGGGAUGAGAAUUGACUCUGAAUUGCUAAACCAAGUGAAAACAAGAAUAGCAAUGAUGGUGGAGAGGUGUAGGGCUAAAGAUCUCCUGGCCCUCUUUGAUGUCGAAAUUGUUGGCCAAAUAGUAGAAGCGACCUAUGCCUGCUUUCACCACAUAUCAGGAAAAACUCAUCAGGUUGCAAAGCUGGUAGAUGAAUAUCUGGUUCUGGUGGCAAGAGAUGAGAGCCUAACUGCAAAAAAAUUUCAGAUGCUUAUCCAAGUACUGCCCAAAGAAGCUCGAAACUGCGAUGACAACCUAUAUACAGCCAUAGACAUGUACCUCAAGGCACAUCCUAAGCUAACAGAUGAGGAAAGAAGAGAGAUAUGCAGGACAUUGGAAUACCAUAAGCUGUCAGCGGAGGCGCGGGCACAUGUGAUGAGGAACCACAGGCUGCCAGAGAGCAUGAUGGUGCGGUUUAUACUCCUGGAGCAAGUGAGCAUGGCCAGAUCAUCUGCAUCUGCAGGCACUUUAGUUAGCUGUUCAUCUGGCGGCCGGGCAGUGCUGAGAAUUAGCAAGGAGUUGAGGUCUCAAAAGGAGGAUGUUAAAGUGAUGAAGAAAGAUGUUGAGAUGUUGAAGAUUCAAGUGGGGAAACUGCAGAUGUGUAGAAUGGAACUUCAGAGGCAAAUCAACAAGCCUGCACUCAUUUGAUCCUUGGGCAUGGUUUGGGCAUUGGGCAUUGGGCAUUUUCUCUUCGGAUUGGGACAUGAAGACCCUUGUAAUUGGGGAUUCAACCUUUUGGGAGAAGAACAAUUAUGCUCCUU